AUGAGAAAUCGUACCAGAGCUAGUAACCCUACUCUAGCUAGCAUUGUGGUUAUCCCAAAUCAAAAUGAUACGUCUGAACCCGAUUACUCAAAGCUUUGUCCCCCUAUUACCAAGUUAGGAGAUCUACCUUCCAUUGAUCUCUCCAAUUGUUCUCUCAAUACCCAUUCUCUGGUUGACCCCUAUCGUUGUUAUAAUGUUCCUGCUGAUGCUACCUCAAGCAAUGACAAUGUCCGCAAUAAUUUCUUUCAUGAGGCUGCUUCUCUGAAUCUCGGUUCUACCCAGGAGACUAAUCAAAUUGCUGGUUCUAAUAACUCUUCUCUUGAUGGUGGUUCUGCUUCUACCACUCAGGUAAACUCCAAUCUUUCUCCCCUUAUUAUUGAUCCCAUUAAUGUUGCAAUCAAUUCCACCUCUUUCCAUGUUAAUAAUGUGAAUGUGCUUGGCUGGAAUAUUAGAGGAUUGGGUAAAAAGACGGAUAAUAAAGAGCUUAGCCUUCUCUAUAGAAAUCUUAAUCCUGAUAUCAUCUUCUUAUCGGAAACUAAAAGGAAUAAGGAAUUGGCAGCUAGAAGACUGAAAAUCUUUGGUUAUCCAUGUACCUUCAAUGUCCCAAGUAUUGGUAGAAGUGGUGGUUUUCUUUGUCACUUACACUUCAUAUAUGGUGAACCAAAUAGUAGUCUUAUACAAGCCUUCUGGGAAAGUCAAUGCCAGUUACCUCCUUUACCUGUAGAUGAACCUGUUUUCUUCAUAGGCGAUUUUAAUGCUCUCCUAGGAUCUGAGGAUAAAAAUGGUGGUCUAGAAGUGGAUGAAUCUGAUUUUCUUAACCUUAGAAAUUUUUAUGAUACACUUGAUUUGCAUGAUCCUGGGUUCUCUGGACCUAGGUUCACUUGGUCUAAUAUGCAGCAAGGUCCUGAUCUUAUUCUUGAACGUCUUGAUAGAUGUCUUAUUAAUUCUACUGUUGAAAUCUUGUUCCCUAAGUUGUGUAUCAAUAAUUUUCCUAGAGAUUCUUCUAAUCAUUGUCCCAUGCACAUUGGCUUUAAUUAUGAAUAUAUCUGUAUGCCUAGGCCUUUCCACUUUAUGGCUAUGUGGAUAGAAGAUCCCACAUGUAGAGACAUUAUAGCCAAUUUUUGGUCUGUUAAUGUAGUCGGAUCUCCUGCCUACAAGCUUAAAGAUAAACUUUUAAACACUAAGAAAGGUCUUAGGGAUUGGAACAAGUCCUCUUUUGGUAAUAUUCAAAAUAACAUUUCUACCACCAGAAAGGAGUUAGUUGACUCUCAGACCUACUCUCCUACAGAUUGUAGGGUUACUUCUAGACUUAAAGCUAGAUUGGAAUAUCUUUACAAUAUGGAAGAGCUUUACUGGAAAGAUAAAUCCAGAGAAGUUUGGCUCUUGGAAGGUGAUAAAAAUUCACCAUAUUUUCAUAGAGUCACUCUAUUCAGGAGAAAGAGAAAAGUUAUUAGUUGGAUUAAGAAUGCUGCUGGUACUAUUCUAACUUAUAAACAUAGUAUUGAAAAUGAUAAUUCCAUCUUAAAUUCUCCUCUUUCUGAAGAGGAAAUAAAGAAUGUUGUCAUUCAAAUGGGAGGAAAAAAGGCCCCUGGCCCUAAUGGUUUUACUGGUCUUUUUUAUCAAAAAUAUUGGGACAUUGUGGGAGAAGUUGUUGUUGAUAUGACCCAAACCUGUUUUAGAUCUGGAAAUGUUGCCAAAUCUUUCAACCAUACCAACAUAACUCUCAUCCCAAAAGUCUCUCUAGCUGAGUUGGUCUCUCAAUAUAGACCCAUAGGACUUUGUAACUUCAUUUACAAGAUCGUUUCAAAAACUCUAGAUAACAGAUUAAAUCCCUUCAUGAAUCAUAUCAUUUCCCAAAACCAAAGUGCCUUUGUUCCUAAAAGGAGCAUCUUUGAUAACAUACUUCUAGCUAAUGAGGCCAUCUAUGCUGUCAAUCGCCAUAAGAAAGAUAUUGGCAUUGCUGCCAUUAAACUUGAUAUGUCUAAGGCCUAUGAUAAGCUAGAAUGGUCCUUUCUGGAGAAAGUUCUGAUAAAAAUAGGUCUCUCUAAUCAUUGGGUUAAACUCAUACAUCAGUGUAUCUCCACUGUUUCUUAUUUUGUUCUUCUUAAUGGUAGUCCUGAUGGCCUAAUCAAUCCAGAAAGAGGGCUUAGGCAAGGAGACCCUCUGUCCCCCUACCUUUACAUUAUUUGCUCUGAGGCUCUUUCCUCUUAUAUUGAUGUUCUUACUAGAAAAGGUUUGGUUGAAGGUAUAAAGGUGUGCAAAAAUGCUUCUGCCAUGACACACCUUCUAUUUGCUGAUGAUUCCUUACUCUUUUCUAAAGCUACUAUUGAAGACUUCCAGAUUAUCAAAUACUCUCUAAUAUCUUGGAUAUUAGUAAUAGGGACCUUGGAGAAAAAUAUUUGGGGAACUCCUACUGCUUUUAAAGCUUUAAAAAUUCAAACCCACAUGGGUAUUCUCCAGGCUGUUGAUGCUAGGAUCUCUAUCUGGCUUCAUAAGCUUCUCUCCCAAGCUGCCAGAACCACCUUAAUUAAGCACAUUGGUCAGGCCAUCCCUCUUUGUCAAAUGAGUGCUUUCCUUAUUCCGAAACAUCGUUGUAGAAAGAUGGAUUCUCAUCUUUGCAAGAAGGCUGAACUCAAUAAUCUUGCCAUGCUUGCUAGGAAUGCCUGGAAGAUCAUUGAAAAUCCUGACUUCCUAUUACCUUCCACUCUUAAAGCUAGAUACUUUCCUAGAACUGAUUUUUUAAAUGUUAAGUGUCCUGCUAAUUGUUCUUGGACCUGGAAGUGUCUGCAUAAGCCCUUUAUUUCUUGGAUUGUUGGAGAUGGUCAAUUUAUUGAUCAUUGGUGUGAUAAAUGGAUUCCUUCUCUAGGAUUUGUUGUUCCUAAUCCUUUGGUUCCUCCAGAUCCAACUAUAAAGGUUUCUUACUUUAUUAGUCCCAUUACUAGAUCUUGGGAUGUUGAUAGAUUAAACACCCACUUUGAUGAUACUUCUACUAAGAAGAUUGUCACUAUUCCCUUAAGCCAAGGGCUCAGGCCUUCCCCUUGUAGUGCUCUUUGGAAGCAUAUUUGGAAAAUUAAUGUGCCCUAUAGAAUUCAAGUUUUCACUUGGAAAGCUGCUAAAAAUGCCUUACCUGCCAGAACUGUUCUUCAUACUAGAAUGCCUAUGAACCCUGUUGAUUGUGAUAGAUAUAUUGAUCCUUCUGAAUCUAUUAUGCAUGCUCUUGUCUUGUGUCCUUUUGCUAGUUGUGUUUGGUUUCUUUCUUCCUUCUGUAUCAACACUCAGGCCUUUAGUAGUAAAACUUUCAUUGACUGGAUGUUAUUUUGGAAUAACCUUGUUUUUAAAAAUAACAAAGAAACAUAUAUUGCAGUCCUGAUGAGAGCCAGAGCUAUGCUUCUAACCAGGAAAACUAGUGCCUUUGUUUCCCCUUUGGGUCCUGUUAGCAUAAGUGACAGAUGGAUGCCCCCACAUACUAUAUGGAUUAAAUGUAAUAUUGAUGGUGCUUAUGAUGUAAUCUUUGGAAAAAAUGGCGCAGGUUUUGUCAUGUGGGACUUCUCCAAAACUGCCUCCUUUUGUGCUUCUAUAGUUUUUCAAAUGAAAUCUGCCGAGCAAGCUGAAGCUAGAGCUAUUUGGGCAGCCCUAAAAAAAGUUGUGGAGAAAAAGCUUACCCACCUUAUUAUAGAGAGUGAUGCUCAGAGCCUAAUCAACCAAUUUUCAGCUGGCUUGUUUGAUGGGAACUCUAAGACAGAUGUUAUCUUUAAGGAUAUCCAGUUUUUUUCUUCUAGUCUUGUAGCUUGUUUGUUCAAUUUCCAACCCCGUACUUGUAAUUCUGUGGCUCACGAACUUGCCCUUUGGGAUAAAACAAAUAAUUCUGCCAUGUACUGGUCUGUUUCUCUAAUCUGGCUUACGCUUUUUGUUGAGGGGGAUCAUUAG